AUGAAUAAAAUUUUGGAGCACCAGCAGUACUUGGAAACCCCUAGUGACACUUCCUCAGAGACAAGGCUUAGUGGAGAUCAUGGCACCACGAUCAGUUCCACUACCUCAGAAUCAGAUGCAGUGACUCAAACAGAGAUGGAAACUGCUACUCAGACUGAGGUGAGCAGUUCCAUUUCCACCGUUGACACUGCCAGGCUGAUCAGGGCUUUUGGGCAUGAAAGAGUGCGGGUGUCACCAAGACUGUCCCAGCUUUAUUGUACCAUCAACCAUCAGAAAAGUCGCUCUGAAAAGUGGAACAAGGGAAGUGGCAAAGCAGUGGGUGUAGAAUAUCCAAAGGUUACUUCUGAGAGACACAAGAAAAGGAAAGAGAUCCAGAAGGCAAUCUCCCUUUCAUUGGAUUCAACUUCUGCAAGCAGCAGUUCUUGGGGGCCAAGCUCUGCUCUUAGUAACAAGCGACGGACACGGAUGCUAAACAAAGGUAUCCAAGCAGGAGACUUGGAGAUUGUGAACAGUGCAACUAAGAAAAACACUCGAGAUGUUGGCGUGACUUUUCCUACCCCAAGAUCUAGCCAGCCAAAUCAAGAGCCACAGGAACCCUGGCAUUGUGUUAAGGGUAUUUUUGGAGAGUCAGAUGGUAUGGUCACAGAUCAUCAGGCAGCAGGAAGCAAGGGUAAGCAGAAGGGACAGCCAGGCAAUUUUUUCGUGGAGAAAAGGACGAAAAGGAACAGGCUGCAUUUGCCACAAGGAAUUUCAUGGUUUGUCCAAGCAGAAGACUUGAAACCUGAAUCUAGGAAAGAAAACCAUUCCAAUUCCUUUUCUGGUCCUGGUCCCUCUUGGUUUGAACCAUUGACCAGCACAAGGCCUUGGAGAGAGCCUCUCCGAGAGAAGAACUGGCCAGAGCAGCAGCGCAUCAACAUGAUUCAGCCAGCAGUUCCAGAAAGAGAUGCUGAGAACAGGUCCUCACGACCUCUUGUGAAGCUUACGCUACAGGAGGCCCUUGCAGCGCAUCGCCCUGAUUUCAUUUCCCGCUCUAGAGAGCGUGUGAAGCAUCUCAAGCUUGUAAUGGAGGAAAGGAGGAUACAGAACGUACUGCAGUCUGAACGAGAAGAGCUAUUUAAUCCUCCGGAGAAGAGAAAGGGCUACAGGAAUGCAAGUCACAUGCUGUCUGACAGAGGUUUUCUGAUUAGAGAAAAGAGAAGAACAAUUCCAAAGAGGGAAAUGAUUCAGAGAUCUAAACGGAUCUAUGAGCAGCUGCCAGAGGUGCAGAAGAAGCGAGACGAAGAGAAGAGAAAAAUUGAAUACAACUCAUACCGCCUGAAAGCACAGCUUUACAAAACGGUCUUCACUUUCCCAGGGUCACCAUCUCAUGGAGAGCGUGUCACACCACACUGGCUCCUCAGGGGCCGUACCAGACGAGCUGUCAGCCUGGAUGAAAAGGUGCUGGCGCCUGCCCGGGCAAAGCUGGCUGUGAUGGCUGAGGGCAGAGAGCUCGUCCUGGUGCUGGAGAGGAACCAGCUGCUGGCGCCGGGCUACACCGAGACACACUACGCUGCGGACGGGCAGCCCGUGACGGUGGCCCCCAACCACACGGACCACUGCUACUACCACGGACACGUCCGGGGCUAUGGUGGCUCCUGGGUCGUCCUCAGCACCUGCUCAGGAAUACGGGGCCUCAUAGUGCUAAGCAGCAACGCCAGCUACUACCUGAAACCCCUGGGGACCCCCGAGCCGGGCCACCACAUCAUCCACCGAGCAGAGCACUUGCCCAUUAGAGGUGGGACCUGCGGCCACAGUGACGAUUUCGGGAGCACCAUUGCUGACAUCGCUCUGCUCUUCCAGCCAGUGCACCACCGGCCCAAGAGAGAUGCCUGGAGGACCAUGAAGUACAUGGAGCUCUUCAUUGUUGCCGAUCACACACUGUACAGGAACCAGAACCUCAACCUGGGCCUCACCAAGCAGCGCAUUGUGGAGAUCGCAAACUACGUGGACAAGUUUUACAGGUCUCUGAAUAUCAAGGUGGCCCUGAUCGGCCUGGAGGUGUGGACGGAGAGAGACCAGUGCGCUGUCACCAGCGAUGCCAACGCCACGCUCUGGUCCUUCCUGCAGUGGAAGAAGGCGCUGAGGUCACGCAAAAAGCAUGACAACGCCCAGCUGCUGACAGGGAAGACAUUCAGGGGGACAACCAUCGGCAUGGCCCCACUGGAGGGGAUGUGCAGCAUGGAUAACUCCGGAGGUGUCAGUGUGGACCACUCGGAGCAGCCCAUUGGAGCAGCUGCUACUAUGGCCCAUGAAAUUGGUCACAAUUUUGGCAUGAGCCACGACAGCACGGGCUGCUGCGUGGAGGCCACCCCGGAGCAAGGUGGCUGUGUCAUGGCGGCGGCCACCGGACACCCCUUCCCUCGCGUGUUCAGCUCCUGCAGCAAGAGGCAGCUGGAGAACUACUUCCAGAAGGGAGGUGGCAUGUGUCUCUUCAACCUGCCCGACACCAAGGACCUGGUGGUGGGACGGAAAUGUGGCAACGGCUUUCUGGAGGAAGGAGAAGACUGUGACUGCGGGGAGGUGGAGGAGUGCACCAACCCAUGCUGCAAUGCACACAACUGCACGCUGAAGGCAGGAGCCCAAUGUGCCCACGGUGACUGCUGCCAGAAUUGCAAGCUAAAGGUAGCUGGAACAAUCUGCAGGGAAGCAGCAGGAUCCUGCGACCUCCCCGAAUACUGCACGGGUGCCUCACCCUAUUGCCCAGCCAAUGUGUACCUGCUGGAUGGUUCGUCCUGCGCUUACGGCGAGGCUUACUGUAACAACGGCAUGUGCAUGACCCACCACCAGCAGUGCGUCCAGCUCUGGGGACCAGGCGCCUGGCCAGCCCCGGAUGCCUGUUUCCAGGAUGUGAACAUGGCCGGCAACACCUACGGCAACUGCGGCAAAGACAGCCAAGGGCGCUACGUGAAAUGCGACAAGAGGGAUGCUAUGUGUGGCAAGAUCCAGUGCCAGAGCUCAGCUAAGAAGCCACAGGGGACCAAUACUGUCUCCAUCGACACCACCAUCCGCUUCAACGGGCGGGAGGUGAAGUGCCGAGGCACCUACAUGUACACUGCAAAGGACGACGAGGAAGACCUCUCCGACCCUGGGCUGGUGAUGACGGGGACAAAAUGUGGAGAUGGAAUGGUUUGCAAAGAUCGCCGAUGCCAGAAUGCCUCCCUUUUUGAGCUGGAAAAGUGCGUUUCCCGGUGCAACGGCCAUGGGGUCUGCAACAGCAACAAGAACUGCCACUGUGAUGCCGGCUGGGCUCCCCCGUACUGCGAGAAGCCGGGCUUGGGCGGCAGCGUGGACAGUGGUCCUGUGCAGCGUGACAAUCACGAAGCCAUCUUAAUAACCCUGCUCAUCUUCCUGCUCUUCCUUCCGGCUCUGGUGAUGAGCAUCUACUUUUGGUACCGGCGGGAGAACUCACUCUUGAAUAAAUGGAUUAAGGAGAUGAGGAGGAGGAGUCAGGAGACGUAUAGGAACAAAACCAUCAGUCGGAAGUCAACUGGUGGUCAUCCCAAAGCUGCUUUUACCUUGCGGAAUGUUUCCACCACCAGCCACGCUAAUAAAGCAACGCGGGCUGCAUUCCCCCACAAACCCAGUGCUCACCACCCUGGAUCCCAGCCCGUCAACAUUGUUCACCCUCUUCGCCCGGCUCCUCAGUCCGUCCCUCCACGCCCGAAAGACCCCAAGCCUGCCAGGCCACCUCCACCAGUCAGCAAAUCACCCAUGGUUCCCACCAAAACAAUUGCCUCCCAGGCUAAGCUGCCACCUCCAAAGAAACCUCUUCCCUGCAGCCCCGUGAGGACUCCACUGGUCAUCGCAAAGCACCAGCCCCCGCGUCGGCCGCUGCCUGGAAGUCCUCUUCUGGCCAAAGAACUGCCUCCUGCACAUGGGCAGACCCUGCUGGUCAUGGUCCCUCCUACCAACUUCAAGGCGUCAGGUACAAGCGCCAUGAGCCCCUCCAUGAGGCCAUUAAAACCGAUGCCACCUCAAAGGCCAGUCCCAGCCAUCAAAGUCCAAUCAACUUCCUUCUCCUUGAAGAAGUGACAAACCAAGGACACCUUAAGCCCAUCCUUCCUGAGCUGGCUCUCCUGAUUUGCACUGCUGCUGGCAACAGGGGUCUUUUAUUCCUCU